GUGGGGGUGGGGGGCUUAGGAGAAAGGUGGAAAUUGAAUCGUACGCUAGUCGAGAAAGCAUUACGAGUAGAAGAGGAAACGAGUCGAGCGAUGCUGGAAGGAUUCGUAAGGUGAAACGAAGAAGACGGGGACGAUCUCGAAUCGUCGAGAUACGUUAUCGAUAUCGAAUGAGUCGUUGAGCGCGCUGCUGCCGUUGACACGGGUCCAGCGUACGCUACGCAGCAUCCCCGUUUUUGUCUUUCUAUCUCUCUCUCUCUCUAUCUCUCUCUCUUUCUAUCUCGUUGUGUUACUCGUGAUCGUCACCGCCGUCAUCGGCAUCAUCGUCAUCGUUUAGUGUUGUAGUUUGUAGAUCGUCGUUGUUAAUUGUCUGUUCGUUAAUCGUUGUCAUCUUGGUUGUUUGUUGUGUGUUGUUGUGGUGUUGUUGUAUCGGCAUUCGUCAGUAUGAUUGUUCAUUCACGAAGUUAUCAUGUUUUACGUUGAUAGACGGAGAGAGAGAUAGAGUGAUCACAAAGAGGAAAAGAGAAGAAGAAUAAGAAGAAGAAGAAGAGGAAGAGUAAGAGUAAAGUAAGAGUAAAAGUAAAGAAGAUAGGACGCUAACGAAGGUGAAAACCAAAGAAUGGUUGAACGUAUGCGUCAAAGGAAACAAAAGGAUGAAACGUAUUAAAAUGAUCUGUGUGCACCAAGAUCAAAUUUGACCAUUUUAUAAUAGUGAAAAAGAAGAAGAGCUGGUUAACAAUUGGCUGAUUGAGAAAUAUCUUUUGCAAGAGAGAGAGAGAGAGAGAGAGAAAGUUAUUAUCUCGGAACAUGCAUUUUUUGAACAAGCGUAAACAUUCCAUAAGCGUGUCGUUAAUUGGACAUGUCUUAAUUUGUAAAAGGAUCAAUAAUCGCGACGACGAACCGACGGUGGUAGAGGUGGAGAAGGUGGUGGAGGUGAAACACACACGACAUUAAUGUCGCAGGAAGUGAUGGGUAUGCAUGAGAGAUCACCGAACGAUGCGAUGUGAACGCGAUGUUGUAACGUCGUCGUCGUCGUCGUCGUCGUCGUCGUAUUCAUCGUCGUCGUCGUCGUCGUCGUCGUCAUCAUCAUCAUCGUCAUCGUGGGCGCUGAUGGAAUGUCUUUGGGAAAUACGUUCUACCAUAUAACUUAAAGUGCCAUUUCAUCAUAUCCAAUAUUAAUAUUUAAUAAUAAAUAUACACACACACACACAUUAUAUGUGAUCAUGUGCGUAACUUUGUUUUAUCGUUUAUAUAUGAAUGAACAUGCAAUAAUGAAAUAAUUAUUAUCUAAUAUUUACAUUGUUCGAUUAGUGUCAAAGAUAAAAUAUAUUAAAUGAUACAUUCAAAACAUAUACAAACACAUUGGGUUAUCAUCCUGCAUAUAUUGGCAGUUAUUUGUAUAUAUUAUCAAGAAUAUAAUAUAAGAAUACAUCUCUCUGCUUGUCUCUGUUAGUUCAAAUAUUGGAAAUAACGUUGAAGAAGAGUUUUUUAAUUCAUGCUCAACAUUGUGCAUGACAAACUGGAAAAGAAGAAAAAUAGAUGACCCUAUAUAUAAGGAUUGCGAAGAAAGCAAAUGAUAGAUAAAAUGAAUUGUAAAGAUGAUUAUUUAUGGGUAUAAGAGAAUUCAUUUAUAAUUGUAAAUAAAUCAAGUCUAAAAGUAUGGCAGAUAAUCUCAUAGGGCCAGAUUGGCUCUUUAGAGAACUCAGAUCACAAGAUGGUACAAACAGGCUCCUUAUUUUAGAUUGUAGAGCUCAUUCAGAUUUUCUGGAAGCUCAUAUUAGAGGAUCUGUCUCUUUGGCUAUACCAAGUAUAAUGUUAAGACGAUUGGCUGCAGGUAAAGUAGAUUUGAUAUCAACGAUAAGGUGUUUAGACUUAAGAAACAGAGUUGAAGUUUUUCUGCAUGGAGAUAAAAAUAGCAGAGGAACGUUUGUGUUGAUUGGAGAUUCUACAGAUCCUGUAGGACACCAGGGUGAGACGAUUCAAGUUUUAAAUCGAAGACUUAGAAGCAAUGGUGGAAGUGUCGCAAUACUUGCUGGUGGUUUCAUAGCAUUUAGAGAUAAAUAUCCAGAAUGGUGUGAGUGUAGUCAAACAAAUUUGGAAGGAUCAACUGGUCAAGACUCUAAUGAUGGAGAGUUGAUGGGUCUUAGAUCACUUAGGAUAUCGUGUCCACCAAUAAGAGCAUUUUCUGAUUCAGAUAGUGAUAGUACAUGCGAUUCUGUUGGACCUGAAGAAGAUAAAGAUUUUCCUGUUCAAAUUUUACCUCAUUUGUACCUUGGAAAUGCAGCCAAUAGCGAAGACAAAGAAGCUUUGGCACGACAUCAAAUACAGUACAUACUCAAUGUAACGCCAGAUUUACCAAAUGUAUUUGAAAGUGCUGGUUCUAUAAAAUACAUGCAGAUACCAAUAAGUGAUCAUUGGAGUCAAAACUUAGCCAGUUUUUUUCCACAAGCAAUUCAGUUUAUAGAAGAAGCGCGGAGCUCAGACAAAGGAGUGCUGGUUCACUGUUUAGCUGGAGUAUCACGGUCUGUUACAAUUACUGUAGCUUAUUUGAUGCAUAAAUGCAGCCUCAGCCUAAAUGAUGCUUUCAAUCUAGUACGUAGUAGAAAAUCCAAUGUUGCUCCAAAUUUUCACUUUAUGGAACAACUACUUAGUUUUGAAAGAGAAUUAAGAGAUAGAGAUGAUAGAAACAAAGGAAAUGAUCAAAGAUGUAUCGGGGCUUGCUUACCUGGUAGCACUUGUAAUUGUCCAGCACCGAGCUUUUUAAAUCCCGUUGAUUUGGGACUUAGUCCAGAUUCAGGGAUAGAAUUUGAUAGAUGGGCAACUAGUACACCAGCUGAAUGAGAUAGGCCUGGAGGGACCCAAUACAAAUUUUAGGUCCCUCCUUGCAAAUUAUUUAACAUGUUAACAAAGUCCUGAUUGAAGGGUAUAGGGGAACAAAAUAUAAGUUCUACUGUGACAUCAUUCAAAUUAUUCAUCUUCAGGAUGUUUUUCUUUUUUUUUUCAUAAACGAAUAAGAAAUUAAGAAAGAAGAAGAAGAAAGAAAGAAAUAUGUUACUCUCUUUGUUUCUUUUUCUUACAGAAAAUGUAUAUUUGUCAUCUACAAACGUUUUCCUUGAUACCAUUUUGAACAAUUUUAAAUGCUUCCUAUUAUAUUGUUUGUUUUGUUUUUUCUUUUAAUGAGAUAUUGGACAUAUCAAAUGUCUUUUAUAAUUCUUCGUAAAUUUGAUGAUUUCAAAUUUGAAAAUAGAUCAGAUUGCUGCAAUUAUGUAACAGUCAUAUUAUGGGGAGAGAAUAGAUAUGACUGUCUCUAUAUACUAUAUAUAUAUAUAUAUAUAAAAUAAACUUAGAAAAAUAUUUCCCCAGAUUGUUAAUAAGCAGCACAUUGCAUAUUGAAAGUAUUUUAUAAAUAAAAUCUGUAGUUUUCUAUCUUGUAAUUACACAUUCAUAUUAAUGAAUCUGACUACUAUUACUACUUUCUGAAAUUAUACUUCCGAGUCAGAAACGUAGUACAACAAUGUAAUUUAUUCAAGAUUUGUAUUAAGUUGUAUCAUUCAAUAUUAUAUAUGACGUUAGAAUAAUUUUCUAUUGACGACAAUUUAUUAUUAAGAGGAUAUAUAUUUUUUCAAUAAUAUUUUUUUCCCCCUAAAAACCCUUCAAUGAUGUGGCUGUGUUUAUUAUUAUUUUAUCAUAGGACAAUGUUUUUAGCUAUGAAAUAUCUAUAAUGAACAAAUUGCAAUAGAUCAAUCACAAUCUGUAGUUACAAAAAAAAGAAAAAAGAAAAAAGAAAAAACAUAAAAAAUAAAUCAUCACUGUUUAAUGUAUUAACUAAGUUGGAGGUACAAAAUUGAAAAUUGAUGGUCUUGUACUCAACACUGUUGUUAAGCUGUGUAAAUUUAAUAUGAUACUCAAAUGUAAUUUUUUAUGUAGUUUUUCAAUACACUGAAGUGACUUACCUUACACAAAGGGUAUAUAUAAUAUUCUUAAUGCGUUCUGGUUUGAAAGAUGAUGCAAAUGGAUUUGUGCAUAUUUAAUGCGAGAGAGUCCUUAAAAAAGCAAGAUGUUUAGGGAUCAUCUUAUUAAUAACGUUUUAGUUUAUAAUAAUAAUAAUAAUAGAUACGAAAGAUAAAAGA